CGUGAGCCAGGAAAGCACAUCUUCACUUGAAAAUAAUUUGAUAUGAAUGAAUUCUCUAAAACUAAAGAUACAUUAAUAGAUAUUUCUACACGGAUAAAUAUUUCGAGAAUGCGAGGACAAAGCUGCCUCCCAUUGUUUCAAAGCAUGUGCGUGAGCUCAGGGGAUAGGGGACUGUCCCAGGGGGAGACUGGGGUCCCAUUAGAAGAGGAGGGUGGGGUCGUGCGCCCCCUGGUGGCUGUGCCUGGGGUCGGCGGGACUGCUGGGGAAGAUGGCCCGGUUGUGGAGCGAGAGACCUGGGCCAGGCAAAUGGACUUCAUUAUGUCCUGUGUGGGCUUUGCUGUGGGCCUUGGUAACGUGUGGAGGUUUCCAUAUCUCUGCUACAAAAACGGUGGAGGCGUGUUUCUGAUCCCCUACAUGCUGAUUGUGUUCAUUGGGGGGAUUCCGGUGUUCUUCCUGGAGAUUGCACUGGGACAGUUCAUGAAGCAAGGCGGCGUCUCUGCCUGGAACAUCGCCCCACUUUUCAAAGGUUUGGGGUUGGCGUCCAUGGUGAUUGUGUUCUUCUGUAACACCUAUUACAUCAUGAUCCUGGUGUGGGGGCUGUACUUCCUGCUCCACUCCUUCUCCGCGCCCCUGCCCUGGGCCACCUGCGGGAACCCGUGGAACACCCCAAACUGCACGCAGGACUUCCGCAGAGCCUGCACCAAUCGCAGCGCCCUCCUAGCCCUCCCCUCGGACCCCACCUCCCCGCUGCACAACCUCUCCUCCCACUCCCUCCCGUCCCCCAUCAACCUCUCCUCCAUCCUCCCUCUCAACUCCAGCUGCACCGAUAUGGAGGGCCUGCGAUCUCCUGUCAUCGAGUUUUGGGAACGGAAGGUGCUGCGGUUGUCGGGAGGGUUGGACGAGGCCGGGGAGGUCAGCGGUCACAUGGUUAUGUGUCUGUUGGUCACCUGGGUCAUCGUCUACUUCUGCAUAUGGAAGGGGGUUAAGUCUACUGGCAAGGUGGUGUAUUUCACUGCGCUCUUCCCCUACCUGGUGUUGGUGGUGCUGCUGGCCCAUGGAGUCACCCUGCCUGGUGCUUUGGACGGGAUUGUGUACUACCUGAAGCCCGACUGGUCCAAGCUUGGAGAGGCCCAGGUGUGGAUUGACGCAGGAACGCAGAUCUUUUUCUCCUACGCUAUCGGCCUGGGUGCGCUGACCGCACUGGGAAGUUACAACCGCUUCCACAACAACUGCUACCAGGAUGCCUUUGUCCUUGCCCUGAUCAACAGUGGGACCAGUUUCUUUGCCGGCUUUGUGGUGUUCUCUGUGCUGGGCUUCAUGGCGGCUGAACAGGGGGUGGACAUCAGCAAGGUUGCAGAGAGCGGCCCCGGCUUGGCUUUCAUCGCCUACCCGAAAGCGGUGACCCUCAUGCCCCUGGCGCCACUGUGGGCGGCCCUCUUCUUCUUCAUGCUGCUCGUGCUGGGACUGGACAGCCAGUUCGUGGGGGUUGAAGGAUUUAUCACAGGAAUUAUGGACAUGCUUCCCCCUAAUGCGCUGGCAUGCUCUUUUCGUCGAGAGGUUGUCGUGGCGAUCUGCUGCAUCACUUGCUUCUUUAUCGACCUCUCCAUGGUAACAGAGGGGGGCAUGUAUGUGUUCCAGCUGUUUGACUACUACUCUGCCAGUGGGAUGACUCUGCUCUGGCAGGCUUUCUGGGAGUGCGUGGUGGUGGCUUGGGUCUAUGGAGCGGACCGCUUCAUGGAUGACGUGGCGCGGAUGAUAGGUUACCGCCCACUCCCCUACAUGAAGUGGUGCUGGUCCUACGUCACGCCCUUAGUGUGUGUGGCUCCUGCUCUUUCUCCAUUAAAUGUAAAUAUACACUGGAUGGAGGUGACGUGUUCCGGCUGCCUCUGCAGUGGAAAAAACAGUUGCUAUAGCAACUGCAGCCCUUGUUACUAUGGAAACCCAGUGUCGUAUUGAGUUGGCCGAGCUGUGCAUCACCAUCACAGUGGAAACGAAGGGAAGGAGGAGUGAUGAAGGAAAUGAGGGUGGUGAAGAUGGUGGAGGGGAUGAAGGGAGCUGGCCCCCUCUUCAGGUUACAGGUGGGUACUGCAGGUCAUAUCCUGCAAUGACAGUUCCAUAACCAUAGUCAGACAAGAUGGCAGGAGAAUUCUUGUGUGUUUCCAUUCACAGUAGCUCUAAAGCUCAAUUUCACUGAUUGUGUGUGCAAUGCAAUGCAUGUAAAUAUUUAGUAAGUGUGUGGUAUUAGUGUAUUGUAAUUGGAGAAGAACAGCUCACCAAUGCACAGUCAUAGCAGGGUGCAGUUGAUGCUCCUUGCUUGCUGAGGCAGUACAGUACAGCGUCAUGCACAGUGGCAAAGAGGUGGCCCUUGGUGAUAGAGUGGCUGAACAACUCCCCACGUUCCAACUGUUCCACUACACAGGCUAGACAAGAGAGUGAGAAGUGCACAGUUAGACACACUUAGUCACAGACACCCAGAAACAACCAGCACACACACACACACCAGUAGAGUUUUCAACAAGGAGUUUUUUGUCUCAAGCUAAAUUUGGCACAGAUUCUUAUUUGGGGAAGUAUUUAUACAUUUGUUUACAUGUCCAUGUUGGACUGAAACUGGUCCUGUUUCCCAGUGAAAUGCGCUGAGGUGAAACGCAGUUUACCACUUUAUUCAAAUAUACUGAAUAAAACCUUGCCAGGAAAAUUUUAUUUUGACUUAUCAUAAACAGUACAAAUGGAAACAGCUUUCUUGCUCAUGGUAUGAAGCAAGAGACACACAAGUUCCACACUCACCCUGACAGCCUGCCAGAUACACAUCCACAUCAAUCUCUGCAAAGUCCAGGAAUAUCUGCAUGUCAACAGGGAGACAGCAAGGUCAAUAUUGCAAAACACAGCACAAGGACACGGCACAUUCUUCCGCCUCUAUUAUUGUUCUGCAUUUUUCAUUCUCUUCUCUUGCCUUCCGCUCUUCGCUGUGUCUUCUCCCCAUCCCCUUUCCCCCUUUCUCACGCACAUCACUCUAUGUCUUCCUUCAUUCUUCUCAGGCCACUGAACUUUCAGCUUGGUUUUUGCAGAAGAGAGCUUGGUUUGACAAAAGUAUUUAUAGGACUUAAGAAAUGUAAGAUGAGGAAUAAUAUUUCUGAAGUUCAGUAAGGACCAAAGUUAUAAAAUAACUAUAGAAUAUAUGUCCUACCCCCUCUCUAUCCCAUACCCUCUCUGUCCAAAACCGUCUCUCUGCCCUAUGCUCUUUCCAUACCCUGUAACCCUCUCUCUGUCCAAUAUCCUCUCUCUGUCCCAAGCCUUUUUCUUUUUACCCCAUAAAUUCUUCUACUCACAUUUCUCAGCGUUUUGAUGCCCACUGUGUCGAUGAAGCUGGCCGUGGAGAGGUCCAGGAUGAUGGAGUGGAUCUCUGUGGUGCUCUUUCCCAUGGAGCACAGGGACAGCUCCCUGCUUAAGGUGUCCCCACAGCUGGAGGCCUGGGUGCCAGUGGUGUCAGCCUCCAGCGCUGAAGGUGUGUCAGGUGCUGCCCCGUUCUGCUUCCCCCAGGUCCCGUUCUUCUCUUUCCAGCGGCCCGUGGCCUCCUCUACCGAAAAGACCGCCUCGCUGCUGUCACCUGCUUGGACCCCAUUCUGAGUGACAGGGGAGACGGGACAAGGUCACAUUCUAAAACUUGCUGUCUAUGGCGAUUUGCAAGUUUGUAUACCAAUGGCAAGUAUGUACAGGUUUGUGCAUGUUAGAACCGGCAAGUGCAUGUGUUUAGAGGUAUGUACAUGUGUGAACAGGGAUGUAUAGGGGUUCGUGGGUAUAUAAAUGUGCAAGCAGUUUUUAUAGUGGUUUGCAGAUGUCUCAAUGUGUUCACAGGUGAUUACAAAUGUAUACAGGUGUGUGCAUGUGACAGUUUAUAGUUUACAGAUAAGCUGAAUGUUGGAUCACCUUGGCCUCUCUCUUGGCUCUCUUUUUCUCUCUCUUCUCCAGGCGUUUCUGUUUAGCCAACAGCUUUUUCUUCUGAGUCAGCAGCUUUCUAAUGUCGAUUCCAGUCUGAGGACAGAGAAGACAGUUUGCAUUAAGUGGUUAUACCUUGACUCUCUUGCCAUACUCUGCUGACUUUUGAAGAGUUAACAUGUUUUAAUCCAUAUUUACCGGUUAUGUAAAAGUAUGUAUUCUGUCCUAUUCAACAUUGCUUGUUGUCUUCUAUACAAUAAGGGAUGACUGAGUAACCAAUAGACACCAGUAUCACAGGCCUUGAGCAUAAAAAUAAACAGGAACAUGCAGCUGGGUGGUGGGAACUCACUUUACUUUUUUACCCAAUGAGGUGGUCGUCCUUGGUACUGGCACAAGCAUGCUUGCACAAUCUUUCUUAAAGGGUUUAAAGGAAUUGUUCCCAAAGACAAAGCAGUGUAGAGGUGCAGCGAGACAACAUUGUGGACUGUCUGGUCAUGGGGUCAUGUUUACCUAAACCUCUGUAGUAAAAGCAUACUCCUUAGACAUGUUCACAAGGAUAUUGGCAGAGAAAAUAGAUGCUAACCUUCUCUUGUAGGGCUUCCAGGUAGAGCUCAGCAUUGGCAAAGUACACUGUGGUGGACGAACGAAAGAUGGUGAUGCCUGGAACUUUUCUUGCCUGCAGUCACGAAAGGAAAAUUGGAAAUUCCUUUAGCACCUACAAACCCUCAACAUCUUACCCCUGCCCUCUAGAGAGCCACCCUCUUUUCCUCUCCAUACUUCUCCACUCCUCCCUUUUCCUUUCCUCUCAUCUCCUUUCUCUCUUCUCUUCUCUCCUCUUUUCUCAUCAGUGUCUGCCCUGCUUCUGCCUUACCUCUUCAUAGGUCUCCAUAUCAAGAUAGAUCCCUGUGCCAGGCACCUGCCCCAGGACUGAGUAUCUAGGCCUGAGAGAGAGAGAGAGAGAGGAGUGGGGGGGUGAAUGUGAGAUAGAAGAGGAGACAUGUAGUUUCACCUGUAAUGAAUAGCAAGAGACAUUUAGAUUUACUAGAGAGAAAGAGAGAAGGAGGGAGAGAGAGAGUGAGAGAAGCUGGGUUUGAAGCCUCACAGCUGUGUUCUGAAGAUAACAGUCAGCAGGGCGAAGGCGAUGGAGGCAGCCAGGCCCAGGUCCAGGUUGAGCAGUAGUGUGGCGACUAGGGUGACCAGCCACACCAACUGGGGACAUAAGGGAGAAAAAAGCACAAGCACAUAAAUUUAUAAAAAUAAAAAUAAAAUAAAAAUAUAUUUUUUUAAUUAGUUUUGCAAUUAUAAAUGCUAUUUUAAUGAUAUAAGGCAUAAAUGCAGGUUAUACUGAUUGUGAACAUUUUUUGGAGCAGCAAAAAAUUUUUUUUUUUUUUUAAAUAACACCAUGGUUGCUAUUUUCACCCUUGUAAGACUAGCUGUAUUUAAGUGGGUCAGGUGUUUCUUGGUGAAGACUGAACGCAGCACCAAGAUAUGCAUAAAUAGCAUAAAAUACUUGACGGUGGCAAUAAUGAGAAAAAUAAAGAUCUUUUGAAUAUGUUGCAGAGGCAUCCACACAAAGAUACUUAAGUAAUAAUAAUAAUAAUAAUAAUAAUAAUAAUAAUAAUAGCAUGCCAACAAACAUUUUAAUGAUAAAUCACAUGCUAUUCUCACUGCUCACCAGAUCAAUCCUAUUUCUUUUCCACAGUACAGGGAUGUCCAGAAACUGCUUGAACAUACCCUUUAGGUUGACAAAGACAAUUGUGGCCAGGACUGCCUAGAAGAAGAAAAAAAAGUGGUUAUUCAGUGAAAAUUGCCAUUGUUAGACAUUUCAGAAGCCAUCCUAAUGGAGCACAUACCUUGGGUAGCUCCUCAAACAAUGCGCCCAGCUUCAGUACAGUGAUCAAAACUAUCACUGAAGAUAUAACCCCUGCCACCUGGUGGUGCCACAAACCCACAUGUUAGACACAUUACACACAUGACGGUUGACACAUUAACACCUUUCACCUCAAAAUGUAUCAUCUGUGCCUCCAAAUAACAGCCUGUGUGUGUGGCUCACCUGCGUCUUACCCCCGGUGGUCUCCUGCACCAGGCUACGGGACAUGGAGGAGGUGACGCAGUAGCACUGGAAGAACCCUCCCACUGUGUUACUGAGACCGAGAGCCACGAGCUCCUGAAACAGGGUGCAAUAUGGGAUAGGUCAUAUACUGGGGUCCCAUUCACUGGGCACAAAAGUAAAGCAUUUCAGUGUCUCAGAGAGUCGUAAAAUAUCUCUGAAUCUCUGCGUCUCAGUACUGGGGUUUGCGGAACAUGUACAGAAAACACUGAAAGUUACUUGUUGCAAUCAAUGAUCACUACAUUUUUAUUAUUUUUGUUUUUGCUUAUUAAGUGAAAUCUUGCAUGCUUACAGUAAAAGCCAGUCAUUAUUUUAGCUUUCAGUUGAUUCAUUGAACAUUGGGCAAAUUCAAUGAGUAAAAUAUGAAAAAAAUGUGUUUCCAUGUGUGUUCUUCAGCUGCUGUAUAAUUUACAGAUGGCUCAGCACAUUUAGAGCCCGUAUCAACACGUUCUCAACUAAACCGAAUGUGACAUUUCAUCCAUUAACAAUUUAGUAUUAAAGCUUUUAAAGCGACCUCCUUUCCAGCCAAUUUUCAUUUAGGGCAAGGUGUUAAAUGACUCCAUCCUGAAGGGUGGAUUUUACUAGCAACUGACAACAGGGUGACAGCAUUACAGUUCAACUACGGCAGCUGCUAUAGAACGUAUUGUACACAUUCCAAGGUCAGUGCUGUGUUCAUUGCCUGUUGUCCUAAUCAAUCAAUACCGAUACAUUUGUGUUUGAAAGAAAGGCGGGGGAGGGGGGGCAUGGUGCCUGUGCACAAGUACAAAUGGACAAAUGUAUGCGUAAAUGGUCACAAAAACCAUUCUCUCAAUAGAAACGUUUUGCUUGACAUGCAUUAAAUUUAAAAUUACGCAUGUACGUUAUAUUUGUUUAUGGGGAAAUGUGCUGGUUAUCUGAUAAAGGGGCAUAAGCCAUUGGGCCGUGUGGUGUAUUCAGGAGGGCAGAGGGCGAAUGAAGGUGUGCAGCUGACAAAGGUUUGGCAAACUAGUGUAGGAAAGUCUUAUUAGGACAAGAGGAGCACAAAAGGAUGAGAUUUGGAAACAUUUGCAACAUAAUGGCAGUGAUACAGAAAGAUCCUCUGUUUAUUGUAAUGAAUUAGUGAUAGCACUGUCUUUAUUGAUUUUGUCUAACCUUCGACCUCCCUCUCCAUCCGACUCUCAGGCACUUUGCAGAACUCACAUUAUAAAUAGCAUCUAAAUUUUCUCCCCUUCAGUGGUAUCUCCUACAUUAGUUAAUGUGAUUGUGGACCUUUUAAGACUGGUGAAUAAAAAUUCUUUCCCGUGUAGAAUGCAUAUAGCAUGCCUAUUGGGUACAGUGAUCUACAGUAAGGAGGAAAGUGUUCCAUGUCAAUUUAACUCUCAGUUUAUAUGAGUUCUAUGGGGAUGUGAAAAAAUGUAAAAUAAACGCUGUCACAGUAGAUUUUACACUGAAAAUGACAUAUUUGUGCAAAAAUUAUUGUGCAAAAGUGGGAUACACACCUGGUUACUGUCGACCUUGUAUCCGUGUUUGAGGGCAAAUGUCUUGCCCAGAGAGAUGUUGAUGGCAUAACCCACAACAGCCAUGGCGAAAGCGUCUCCAAUUACUUCCGUGAAAAUGCUGAUGUCUGGAGUCGUGGGAGGAUUCAGCCUGAGUUUAGGGAGUGGUGUGGCGAGGUUGUUUGGCAGAAGUUCAACAACAGAUCAAAAGAUGCACAAGAGACAUUGCAUCACAUAGUAAACGGUACAACACAUCAUAACUGUAACUGUUUACUGUUCAUUUUUUGGACCGGUCUUUGCUUUGCUCCAAUUUAUGGUUACAGGUCCUGACAUCGCAACAGCAGAACCAGAAGACUAUGAGCUGGAAAUUCCAUAUGUGGUCAUCUGACACAUCAUAAUGUUGCAAAUGGAAAAUUGAGUUCUUUAUGUGUAUGAAUAUUCUCCCCAUUGUAUCCCCAUACUACAUCUCAAUAACUCAAUAAUUUCCAGAAUAAUAAUCAUUCUCUCCAGCUGUUAUGCUCUGGACCCAAAUUAUUCUGUGAGCUGAAGAAAUGCACAAGGCUCGAAACACUCACCCACUGGGGAUGUCUCCCACCACAUCAAUGCCAUAGAGGGUAUUGAGAUCGGUGUAGUAAGAAAUCAGAGUCCCAAUCACAAUCUGUUAUGAAAAUGAAGCAAAAUGGGUACAAGCUUUUAUUCAAUGUGAUAUUGACUCUGGACAAAAGGUUAAUUAUGUACAGAUAAAUAUGUACAGGUAAGGUAUGCUUAUAAUCACACUAUUCUAUUAAAUGUCUUACGAAAUAUCUAUAUAUUUAUGAUGAAACAUUCUUAAAUAAAUAAUUUCCAGUUUCAAUGUAGUCAGCUGUAAACUGUGUAGUUAGGCAUUAGAUAUAAAUGCAGGAAUUGCACGCAAGUAUCUUAAAGCCCGUUUAGUUCAUGUUUGUGUGUCAUACUGUUUUUUAUGUAAACUCUCACCGUUAUAUUCAUAUUUUCAUUUGCAAUUCUGUCUAUGUGUGUACACAUCUGUUGUGGUUUAUACUUCAUUAGGUAUGUGAAUCAUUCCAGUGGAGACAGUGACACCAAUUGUUAAGAAUAAGAGUGGAACAAAUCUGACAAUCAUUUCCAAAAACCUCACCCAUCAACCAAUUAAUCUCAAACCAGUGUUACUAUUGAUAGAGUCUUAACUGUGUAAAAUAAACAGAACAUGGUGGACUUUUACACUUAAAUAGGUUUUUUUUUUUUUAAACUGCUCAAGAUUUAAGAAUGAGAGAGACAAAUAUUGAGGUCGACUGAGCUUGAGAGAACAAGAGUGAGAGACAGUGAAGAAAAUGUGAAAGGGAAGAGUGAGAGAAAUGAUAGCAACAAUACAUAAGAAAGACUGCAAGAGAGAGACGUAGACUUACAACAAUGAGCUCGAUGGGGAUGGGAAGAAGCAGUUUCCGGCUGUAGGCCGAGUUGAGCUCUUUAACCGUGAUGAGAGCCACCAUGGACACUAAACUCACCACCAGAGUGCCAACAUUGGUCCCUGGCAGUCGGCAGAUUACGUCUAUUAUCGUCUAGGAGAGGCAGAGAGAGUCAGGAUGGUGUGGUUGGAAUGGAUAGUGAUGUUGAAAUUGUUUCCAGCAUUUCCGUUUUGAAGUAACGUUCUAUUUAUAAUUUCAAAAGAACUGAAUGAGUGCGUGAAAGAGGAAAUAAGCGAGGGAGGAAGAGAUUAAAUGAGAGGAUGUGACCAUAUGGAGAAGCAAUAUAUUUAAAUAUGGCCGGAAAUUCAAAAUCAAUUUAAAUAUACAGUAUAAUAUAUGUAUGAAAUACAUCAAUUUACAACCUGUAUUUAAAUAUAUUUAAAGUACAUGUAUACAAUUAACACUGUCUGUGUAUAUAUUUCAAAAUAUUGCUAUAUUAUUGUAUUUAAUUGUGUGCAGGUACAUGGCAAAAAAUGCCAGAGCAUCCAUUUCUGAAUAUUUCAAUAUAUUUUCAUAAUAUAUGAAAUAUAUGUAAAUAUAUGCUGUUAAAUAUAUUUUAAAUACAUAUUAUAAGUACAUAUAUUAAAAUAUGCUUAGUUCUCAUGCAUUUCCACAUAUCAUUUUUGCGCACAUGUUUAACUGUUUAAGCAGGUACAUGAGUGUGUAAAUCUGUUUCUGUAGGCCUGGCCCACCCAUUAAACAGCUGUACGCAACCGUACAGGGCGGUGAUCCCCAGAGUUCAGUACAGUUCCCUAGUAAGCAGAACUGCAAAAAAAAAAAAAACUACUGUAAGUGUGUUGCUGCUUUCAGCGUUGUGCUGCUGCUUUCUGUUACUACCAGGAGGAGACCUCAAUGUCAGUGUAAACCAGUCAUCAGGCUUAAUAAAAUGAAAACUACCAAUUGCCUUA